CGCUUGUAUCCAUUCACUAGCUCGCGGUGACAGAGAGCACAUCUAGGACUAGAGCGGCGGAGGACGCAGCGUUGCUUUCUCCGGGAUAAAUCUCGAAGGUAAAUAAAGCUACGAAGCGUUUUGUUUGAGCGACACGUCUGCGAUCGAUAUUCGACGGGAUAUCUAGAUCGGUUCGUGUGAAAAUCGACGGCGAGAGAAGAGAGGUUAUAUAACGAGAAGACAACGUCAGUGGCUCGCGCACUCACUGGCUAGUGUGAGUCAUUGAUAAAUGCACACAGUUGCAUGAAUGGGCUGGAAGUAGAGCGAGUCUGCGCUUGACUCUCGAAGCAAAACCCGAGGAUUUUAAUCAUCUCGACGGCGCAGAAGAGACUUGGACUUGAGAAUCUCAAUGCUCCAAGCCUGAGACGUCCACGCUCUAUUACAGCACGUCUUUUCCGCAGUUUAAGGUCUCACGGUACUGUACCGUAUUUCACUAAUGCUUGAUAAGUUCAAACCCGUGCAGUUCGACUCGGUCAUGGCCAUAAGCAAGACGGUAGAGUGGCUGAAGGAGCAGCUGGAGACGCGCAGGGACUGUUUGCUCGUUAUGGACUGCCGAGCGCAAGAGCUCUACGAAUCGUCGCACGUCGAAACGGCCAUUAACGUGGCCAUCCCGAGCCUCAUGCUCCGGCGACUCAAGAAGGGCAACCUGCCCAUCAAGUCUCUGCUUUCCAACGGGGAAGACAGGGAGAGGUUCGCGCGGAGGUGCAAGACGGACACUAUCGUGUUGUACGACGAGUACAGCUGCGAGUGGAACGAGAACAUCGACGGCGGCUCCGUGUUGGGUUUACUGCUGAGGAGAAUGAAGGACGAGGGCUACAAGGCUUUCUAUCUCGAGGGUGGCUUCAGCAAAUUUCAAGCUGAAUUUCCCACAAUGUGCGAGACGAACCUCGACGGUUCCUCCAGCAGCAGUUCACCGACCUCCCAGGUGCUGGGUCUCGGAGGGCUCCGGAUCAGCUCUGACUCCUCGGACAUCGAGUCGGACAUCGACCGAGACCCAUGCAGCGCCACCGACUCAGACGGCAGCCCUCUUUCUAACCCCCAGCCCUCGUUCCCCGUGGAGAUCCUGCCGCAUCUGUAUCUGGGCUGCGCGAAGGACUCCACGAACCUGGAUAUCCUGGAGGAGUUUGGCAUCAAGUACAUCUUGAACGUGACCCCUAAUCUUCCUAACAUGUUCGAGAACGCCGGGGAGUUCAAGUACAAGCAGAUUCCCAUCUCCGAUCACUGGAGCCAGAAUCUCUCACAGUUUUUCCCAGAAGCCAUCAGCUUUAUUGAUGAGGCCCGUGGACAGAAGUGUGGCGUUCUCGUUCACUGCCUGGCCGGUAUCAGCCGUUCGGUCACGGUAACGGUGGCAUACCUCAUGCAGAAGCUCAACCUCUCCAUGAACGACGCGUACGACAUAGUCAAGAUGAAGAAGUCCAACAUCUCGCCCAAUUUUAACUUCAUGGGCCAACUUUUGGACUUUGAGCGCACAUUGGGACUCAAGAGCCCGUGCGACAACCGAGUUCCGGCUCCAACCCAGCCGUUGUACUUCACCACGCCGACCAAUCACAACGUUUUCCAGUUGGACCCUCUCGAGUCCACGUGAGGUCCUGCCCUGAUUUGAAUCGAACGUGAGUUUCUUUAUUUCGACACCUGUCGAGGGGUUCCUGACGUUAUUGAUGUUGGCUUGAGACGACGGCUGACCAGAGUAGCCACUGAUGGGGCAUGCGGUUGCCCAGAGCUUCUACGUUGCUGUUUAACAGAGAGAGAUCAUGUGACUCUAUAUCUUCAAGACUCUUUAAAGUAGUUUGUUUUAUACAUAAACACAUAUAUCUCCGUAUAUAUACAUAUUCAAGCAUGGAAAGACUGUGGAAAUAGAAAGAACAUCUGAUAUAUUGGGGCUGGUGUGCCAAAGAGACUUGACUAGAACUGAACAACGACAAAUACUCCAUUUGUUUUGUUUAGCACUUGCACCUUGACAUUUUCUAGGUGUGCUCUUCUUGUCUUCAAUGAAGACUUGCCUGUUUUUGGGACGAGACUUCCCUUCGGUAAUGAUGGCAGAGUGUACUGUACUCCAACUUAUUUGCGUGGAGAAAUUUUUGAAACAUUUAUACAUGUGUAUAUUAAGAUGUUGCUAAGCCUUGCCGUAGUUAGAAUAUACCUGUUUUAAAGGAACGGCUGUAGAUUUUUCUUCUCCUUUUUGUCCACUUUAUGUAAACAAACUGAAUAUCGAUCAAUAUUAUCUUUAUGGACGAGUUAAAUGCCAAAAAUUUGAACAGGUUUUUGCAAUGUGUAUAUGUAUAAUAUAUUUCCACUUUUGCUUUACGGAUCAAUUCCGCCUUUUCAGCCUUUUAACCACCAUCACCAAUCAAAGUUGUCAUUCUCUUGCCUUAGUUGUGUACAUAAGAGUUAUUGUGCGGUAACCUUUCAGAGCAGUUCCCAUAAGCUUCUUCUUUUCAUCAGUACUUUUUUAGCGGACUUGACCGUAAGAGCUUGCACGUUCAGAAGGGUCAUCCGAACUUGUAUGUGUACGAGGCAUUCCUCGAAUGCUAUUCAGUGGGGUUUCAGAUGCAUGCUCAUUUAGGACCCAUAUGUCUUUAUACUACUCGUUUUUUGUACAUUUUCUGGGGACGUUGGAGACGCAAGUAACGCUGAUUUUUUUUGUGUGCAAGGAUUUGAGGUCUGUGAUGACAAAGCUGGGAGAACGUUUUAUGUCUCCUGUUCAGGGACGUUCUGUGACAUGCAAUUUUUUGUGAGAAAAGUGAUGGUUUCCAGGAGGGUUUUGUUGCCCCUCAAAGCAAAGGCCUGGUUGGGGGAUGGGAUGUUUUACAAAACCACUCCCCCCAAUGUUACGAAUGUAAAGAAAUGAUAAGUUAUUAAUAAAUUGCUAUUUUGUCUAUUCAAAUCUA